AUGGGUCCGAUUUUGGCUAAUGUGGUUGUGAAUGAGGUGAUUUUUGUUGUGCUGAGUACUUUGAGUUUUAAGGUGGAAUUUUUGAAGCUAUAUGUCGACGAUACUAUUGCGGCUAUUCCAAAAAACGCAACGAGCGAGCUAUUGGAUAAAUUCAAUGGUUUUCACCAUAAGUUGAAAUUCACCAUGGAAUUGGAAGUGGAUCAAAAGAUCAAUUUUUUGGACUUGACAGUGAUGAGAAAUUCUAAUGGUUCGAUUUGCACCAACUGGUAUACAAAACCAACUGCUUACGGUAGCAUAUUGAAUUAUUUUUCGGAACAUUCUACAGUGCAGAAGGUGGGCAUUAUCAAAAAACUUUAUGUUUCGGGCUUACACUCUUUCUGA